GUGCGCGAUCCGCCAGCCCCAUUGCCGCACCUUCCCCACGCCCGGUCCUAGCGCCCGCCUCCUUCUUCCUGUCCCGACCACAACUUCCUCCACGCUUCUCGGCACGCCUUCUUUCCCCUCCGCGCGCUCUCCUCCCGGCGACGCCGUGUGAGGCUGAAGCUGGGGGCCAAUCGCGGCAGAGCUGUGUGCCGGAGGCUCAGUCUGAUUGGACAGCGGGGAAGCCUGUCAGCUUAUUGGCCCCGCUGAUCCCGCCCCGCAGCCCAAGGCAGCCUUUAACCUUUAGCCCCAGCGGGCGCCAGCCACUCAGAUCGCUGCUUGUUGGUAUAUGUAGCGGCAGUGGCCGCCCGCGGAGCAGUCUGAGCCCGACGAUGAGGCCGGGAACUGGAGCCGAGCGUGGAGGCCUCAUGAUGGGACACCCUGGCAUGCAUUAUGCCCCCAUGGGAAUGCACCCUAUGGGUCAGAGAGCCAAUAUGCCUCCUGUACCUCAUGGAAUGAUGCCACAAAUGAUGCCCCCUAUGGGAGGGCCACCAAUGGGACAAAUGCCUGGAAUGAUGUCUUCAGUAAUGCCUGGAAUGAUGAUGUCUCAUAUGUCUCAGGCUUCCAUGCAGCCUGCCUUACCGCCAGGAGUAAAUAAUAUGGAUUUAGCAGCAGGUACAGCAUCCGGUGCAAAAUCAAUGUGGACUGAACAUAAAUCACCUGAUGGAAGGACUUACUACUACAAUACUGAAACAAAACAGUCUACCUGGGAGAAACCAGAUGAUCUUAAGACACCUGCUGAGCAACUGUUAUCUAAAUGCCCCUGGAAAGAGUACAAAUCAGACUCUGGAAAGCCUUAUUAUUAUAAUUCUCAAACAAAAGAAUCCCGCUGGGCCAAACCUAAAGAACUUGAGGAUCUUGAAGGAUACCAGAAUACCAUUGUUGCUGGAAGUCUUAUUACAAAAUCAAACCUGCAUGCAAUGAUCAAAGCUGAGGAAAGCAGUAAGCAGGAAGAGUCUACCACAACAUCAGCAGCCCCAGUUCCUACCACAGAAAUUCCGACUACAAUGAGCACUAUGGCUGCUGCAGAAGCAGCAGCUGCUGUUGUUGCUGCAGCAGCUGCCGCAGCAGCAGCUGCCGCAGCAGCCAAUGCUACCACCUCUGCUUCUAAUACUAUUGGUGGUACUGUUCCAGUUGUUCCUGAGCCUGAAGUUACUUCCAUUGUUGCUACUGUUGUAGAUAAUGAAAAUACAGUGACUAUUUCAACCGAAGAUCAAGCACAACUUACUAAUACCCCUACUGUUCAGGAGCAAAGUGUCGAAGUUCCCAGUAAUACAGGAGAGGAAGCAUCUAAGCAAGAAACUGCAACUGAUUUUACCCCCAAAAAAGAAGAGGAGGAAAGUCAGCCGGCAAAAAAAACAUAUACUUGGAAUACAAAAGAAGAGGCAAAGCAAGCAUUUAAAGAAUUAUUGAAAGAGAAGCGGGUACCAUCCAAUGCUUCAUGGGAGCAAGCUAUGAAAAUGAUCAUUAAUGAUCCGCGUUACAGUGCUUUAGCAAAAUUGAGUGAAAAAAAGCAGGCCUUUAAUGCUUAUAAGGUCCAGACAGAGAAAGAAGAAAAAGAAGAAGCAAGAUCAAAAUACAAAGAGGCUAAGGAGUCCUUUCAGCGUUUUCUUGAAAACCAUGAAAAAAUGACUUCCACAACCAGAUACAAAAAAGCAGAACAGAUGUUUGGAGAAAUGGAAGUGUGGAAUGCAAUAUCAGAACGUGAUCGUCUUGAAAUCUAUGAAGAUGUUUUGUUCUUUCUUUCAAAAAAGGAAAAGGAACAAGCAAAACAGUUGAGAAAGAGAAAUUGGGAAGCCUUAAAAAACAUACUUGACAACAUGGCUAACGUAACGUACUCUACUACUUGGUCUGAAGCCCAGCAGUAUCUAAUGGAUAAUCCAACUUUUGCAGAAGAUGAGGAGUUACAGAAUAUGGACAAAGAAGAUGCAUUAAUUUGCUUUGAAGAACACAUUCGGGCUUUAGAAAAGGAAGAAGAAGAAGAAAAACAGAAAAGUUUGCUGAGAGAAAGGAGACGGCAACGUAAAAAUAGGGAAUCUUUUCAGAUAUUUUUAGAUGAAUUGCACGAACAUGGACAACUACAUUCUAUGUCAUCUUGGAUGGAACUGUAUCCAACAAUUAGUUCUGACAUUAGAUUCACUAAUAUGCUUGGUCAGCCUGUUUUUUCAUUAGGAUCAACUGCACUUGACCUUUUCAAGUUUUAUGUUGAGGAUCUUAAAGCACGUUAUCAUGAUGAGAAGAAGAUAAUAAAAGACAUUCUGAAGGAUAAAGGAUUUGUAGUUGAAGUAAAUACUACUUUUGAAGACUUUGUGGCAAUAAUCAGUUCAACUAAAAGAUCAACCACAUUAGAUGCUGGAAAUAUUAAAUUGGCAUUCAAUAGUUUACUAGAAAAGGCAGAAGCCCGUGAACGUGAAAGAGAAAAAGAGGAGGCUCGGAAGAUGAAACGAAAGGAAUCUGCAUUUAAGAGUAUGUUGAAGCAAGCUGCUCCUCCAAUAGAAUUGGAUGCUGUCUGGGAAGAUAUCCGGGAGAGAUUUGUAAAAGAGCCAGCAUUUGAGGAUAUAACUCUGGAGUCUGAAAGAAAACGAAUAUUUAAAGAUUUUAUGCAUGUGCUUGAGCAUGAAUGUCAACAUCAUCAUUCAAAGAACAAGAAACAUUCUAAGAAAUCUAAGAAGCAUCAUAGGAAACGUUCCCGUUCUCGAUCAGGAUCAGACUCAGAUGAUGAUGAUAGCCAUUCAAAGAAAAAAAGACAGCGAUCAGAGUCCCGUUCUGCUUCAGAACAUUCUUCUAGUGCAGAGUCUGAAAGAAGUUAUAAGAAAUCAAAAAAGCACAAGAAGAAAAGCAAGAAGAGGAGACAUAAAUCUGAUUCUCCAGAGUCAGAUCCUGAACGAGAGAAAGAGAAGAAAGAAAAAGACCGGGAAAAUGAAAAAGACAGAACUAGACAGAGAUCAGAAUCAAAACACAAAUCACCUAAGAAAAAGACUGGAAAGGAUUCUGGUAAUUGGGAUACUUCUGGCAGUGAACUGAGUGAAGGAGAAUUAGAGAAGCGCAGAAGGACCCUUUUGGAGCAACUGGAUGAUGAUCAAUAAAUUAUACCAAAUAUAUGUUUACAGUAUGAUUUAAAGUCUAAUUCAGACCAGGGACUCUUACUGACUCAAGUUCAAUUGAAAAAACACUGGGUUUUAAUUAUAUCACAGGAAAAAAAAAAAAGUGCAUUUAAGUAUUGUUAUUGUGGACUUUAUAAAAGCAAAGGAAAUUGAAAUUAACUUUUGAUUCUGUAUCAAGAAUCAUAUUUUCAUACGGUCAUAACUGUCUUUCUGUGACCCUUUCAGAGGGCACUGCAGGAUGGAUUAAAGGUGGCAAUUUACUGAUAACUGCAGAUGUCUCUACUUUGUUCUAAAGUCUAAGUUAUAAGGUGAUUUGAUUUACUUUAUAGAAGUUGGAUUUUGAAGAUAUAAUGAAAAUUUUUUUGAUAUAUAGUAGUACAAAAAAAGCACCAGCAACUGAUAAAACUGCUUUUUUGUGCACUACCCAACUGGAUAAAGCUGAUGUGAUCUUUUAUGGUGAACUCCUAAUAGGUGUUUUUUGAUGGAAACCUGGUAGACCCUUAACUAUAGUGGUGCUAAUGAGCACUACUGUGAUUAAAGCCACCAUUGUUAUUUUUUAUGAAACACCUGAAUACAUUUUAAAAAGGCUGUUGUGAGGGCAUUAUUUUGAGCAUCUAUUUUGAGGUGAUGUUUAAAAAAAUUAACAUCAAAUCAAAUUGUAAAUUAGUUUAAAAAUACUGCCUUAAGGACCUACUAAAGAAUGUGCCACCAAAUUUUAAGUAAUAGUUGCAAUAUCCUUGUCUAAAAAACAGAACAAAACAAUGUUUUGACUUAAACAUUUUCUUUAACAGAGUUGUCAUGAUUUUUUUUUUUUAAUUCACUCUCUCUUGCCUUUUUUUUUUCCCAUUGCGGAAGUCUUUUAUCUUCCCUACUCACUAAGAAGUAUUGACUUCGUGGUACACAUUCUAAAGCAUUUCUGAUUUGAAUAUUUUUGUACAUUUUUAUCAAUUAUUAAACCUUCUCUUCUAGUGUGUACUAGUAUUUAUUUCUACUUGAACUGCUCAGCUCUAAAGAAAUUGAAUGAUCAUUUAAAUUUUGCUUCAUCUUACCCACAUAUAGCUAAUUACUCUCCUUUUUUUAAUAUUUAAGAUUAUGAAUCAAUACUUGAGGUCCCUUUGUGUUUGAUCUAUACAUUUCCUACAGAAUAUUUUAGGGAAGAAAUGGUUUGAAUGAAGCUAGAGUACUCGUUACAUGCUAACUUUUGAAGUUAGUAAUGUAAUUUAUACUAUUUUCCUUCAGUGCAGGAGAUUUUUUUUUUUAAGUAAAUUUAAGCACAUAGUCCUUUGGUAUUAUCUAGGCACUAUCUUAGGGUGUUUGUUUGUUUUGGCAUUCUGAAAGAUACUGUUUCAAGUUUGGAUUUAGAAGAACAAAAAGUUCGUUUUACUUUUCAUUCACCACCCUAAGGAGACUGAAAGUGGGACUGACCAGGACUAUUCUUUUCCUCCCCAGUCCACUGUUAACAAAGCCUCAAAAAAAAAAAAAAAAAAAACUUCUCGGCCAAAUCAUUUUUGUGCUGUGAAAUAUAUGUAGAAAGUGAGAAUCAC